UGUGUAGGUUGCCAGCCUGUAUACGAAUCAUCUCGACACUGCGCGCACCACCUAGAAGCAUCUCUGUAUUACCGAAUCUGUAUUAUGAAUCAGGACGCGUGUGCAAACGGAUGCCUAACCGCCACACAACAAUGUCUAUAAAAUCCCUUCUCGCCGGCUUCGUUGCCUCCAUCAACUCCAAAGAACGAUCACUAUCCAGAUUUCUCACUGCUCUCAAGCCACAACCCCUUUAACGAGCCGACCAUCACUCCAUCUUCGCAACCAACAACUCUCAAACCUACCGAUAAUGGCAUUCUUCCUUACACCCCGCUUUGCGCCAGCAUAUGAGCAAUGUGGACCCUUCGGAUGCGGCCCAUCCCGACCGCGCCAUGUUGUUCGCCCCUCUGUACCAUCCUUAAUCCCGUUCCUCAGCCAGAUCGAUGGCUUGAUUAGCGAGCUCGACCGUGAGGCUCGUCGGGCAGCACACCAGCAACGCCAGCAGAGGAAGCGAGCUUUCCGCGCCCGGUUCGAUGUCAAGGAGCAGAAGGAGCGCUAUGAAGUCGAAGGCGACGUCCCUGGAUUCGAGCAGGAGAACAUUUCCAUCGAGGUCACUGAUGAACACACUCUGAAGGUCAGUGGCGACACUGAAAAGCGGCACCAGCAACCCAUCGCCGAGCCUCAGCCUGCGGAACCCGAGACCGACAAGAUGGACGGCGUCACACUAAACGAGGAAGCCUCAUCACCUCACGUCGAGACCGCAGCAGAUAGUGAUACAGAGAGUCGCCACUCCUACCAACCCACCGUCGAGGACGACUUCGAAGACCUCGGAGCUGAGACCUCAUCCACCAUCUCCAACCCCACAACAGCCGAGCCCAAGGGUAAGGAGAAGGCAGUGGAGGAGCCAACCGUCACCGAAACGUCUGUACAGAAGCAACCGGAGUGGGAAGCCCCAGCUCAGCGCCAGGAACCCGAGAUCCGCGAGUUGCUGUCCGAGCGCGUCCGAGGAUCGUUCGAGAGGACCUUCCAGUUCCCUGAGCGCAUCGAUAUCGCGAACGUUUCUGCCUCGUUGAGGAAUGGUGUUCUGUCAAUCAGUAUACCCAAGGCACCGGCAUUCGAGAGCAAGCGCAUCGCUAUCCAGUAAAUGCGAGUCAACACAGUGGAUAAGUCAUGAUGGGAUACACGGAUAUGGUUAAUGGUUUACGGUUUUCACUGUCAUUUGGGUUUUGUCUGCAGGGCUAUAUAAAGGAUUAUCGAGGAUCUCACAUGGGUGUCUGGUUCCGGGUAUAUAGGUGACAACAAUAUAUCAUGAUCUCCCC